GUCAGUAGCAACACUGGCCUCAGCCUUGUAAUAUGGCCGCUACAGGCAAGAAAUCCAAGAAAACAAAAUGGAUAAAAGCAGACGCCACAAACUUCAUCGCGGAGUCGACAACAAUCCCUACUUCAACCAAUUGGGCAGAGUCUGUAGAUGAAGAACAAAGCUACUCGUCGUCGACGCGGCACCGCGCGCCCGUGGUGCUGCCAUCGGCCUCUCGCGCUGCCCGCGGUGGCAUGGCCGUCGACGAUGAGUCCAUACCGCGCCGCCCGCCAUUUAUCGCCCACAUCUCCAACCUGCCUUACGAUGUUGAAGAGAGUGCGAUCAUGGAACUCUUUGCGGGACUCAAGAUCAAUAACUUGAGACUGCCAAAGGAAGGUGGCCGUCUUAAGGGCUUUGGAGAUGUAGACUUUGAAGACAGAGAGAGUCUUGUCAAUGCUAUGAACAUGCCUGACUUGCUAGUAGGUGGAAGAAGAAUCAGAAUAGAGGUUUCCACUCAAGACAAUGAUCGUCGUAUGGGCAGAGGUGGCAGGAAUGAUCGCGACAGAGAAUAUGAUCCGGAGCGUACGAUGGGCGACUGGCGAUCGGGCCCGCGCGCAGUGCCCGUGAAUGAACGCGAUGCACCUCGCGAACGCAACCGAGACAGAGAACGCGAGCGUGAGCGAGACUCGAGUGCGGACAACCGUCCUGGAGGCUGGCGCGACGCGGAACGACCAGCCGAGCCAGCUCGUGCACCCUACGGUGGACGGGACUCUUACGGCAGAGACCGCGAACGUGACGGUGGGCGAGAGCGCGGCUAUGGUGGUCGCGACGGUUUUCGCGCAGCUGAUAGAGAAGGUGGUGGGUUUGGUAAUCGUGAGCGAGACAGCAGAGGCUUCGGCGGCAGAGGUUUUGGUGACAGGGAACGUGACCCACCCAGAGAAGAUAGCAAGCCUCGUGAGCGUCCCAAGUUGAAUCUCCUUCCAAGGACAGUUCCACGGGAGUUAGAAACACCCACAAAGCCAGCGGAUGGAGCUCCUUUGGAUGAUAAAGUUCCGGAGAAACCCUUAGCCAAGCCUGUUCCAGCUGAAAAAGUAUUUGGAGCGGCCAAACCUGUUGAUACUGCUGCUAAGGAAAGAGAAAUAGAGGAGAGAUUAAGGAAACAAGAAGAAGAAGCCCGCAAAGCUACAGAGGAUAAAGAACGCUGGGGUCGUAGGAAUGAUCAUUCUGGGGACCGUCGAGGGCCAGCAAGACGCGAUGAUCGCGAUCGCGGCAGAGACUCUCGCAGUUACAACAGAGAUAGGCGCGACGACGACAAGCGCGACUACUCUAAAGACAGUGACCGACGCGAUUAUUCCCGUGACGACAGGGAUCGACGCGAAAGAGACGACAGCCGACGCGACAGGGACGAUAGAGACCGGCGCGAUAGGGACGAUCGAGACCGACGCGACAGGGACGAUAGAGACAGACGCGACAGGGACGAUAGAGACCGACGCGAUAGGGAUGAUAGAGACAGGCACGAUAGGGAGGAUAGAGACCGACGCGAGAGGGAUGAAAGGGACAGGCGUGAUGACAGGGACAAACGCGACGACAGGGAUAGGGAUGAUUAUAAGGAUGGUAGACGCGAUAGUAGGGACGACGACAAACGCGACAUUAGAGACGACGACAAACGCGACAUUAGAGACGACGACAAACGCGAUAGGGACGAUGACCGACGCGACCGAGACGACGAUAGGCGAGGCAGGGACGUCGACAGACGCGACGACGUUAAACGGGAUUCGUCACGGGAUAACUAUACGCGCGGUGCGUCGCCGGAAAAAAUAGAAGACGAAUCGCAGCGCAACGGUCGCCACAGUCGCAGUCGCGACCGACACGACGCGGACGAUAGACCAAUGCCCAAGUUGAAAGAACAAGAGAAACCGAACUUUGUAGCAUCAAAUAAAUUCAGCUUCCUAGAGGCUGACGACGGUGGUAACUCCAAUUAACGCACGAGCGACCAACGUGCUCCAAAACAGUUGUUUUAUAAUAUAACAGUUGGUUUACUGUUACUGACUCGAGUGUAAAGUGAAAAAUUGCGAGUAACAAGUGUUUAAAGUUAAACAAAACUGUUCAGAGACUGCUUAUGAAAUAGAACUCAUUAGUCUCAAUACUUAGUGCGGUGUGUUGUGUCCGUGACGUGAUUGCGGUCGCUAAAUGCUGACACUGCCUCGAUGGCGGCCCCAGCCUCUAUUGUGACUUCUCUACUUGCGCGUCACGAAAGUUGUUAAAAACUGGUUGUAUAUUUUUAAGGCCUGCGGUAUUCACUUCCCUUAUUGAUCUUUAGUCUGUAUGUUGAACCAAAUUGUCAAUGAUGACAGAGACAUUUUAUUGACAUAUUGCUUAGCUAAUAUAUUCACUAUUUGCUACAAUUCUGUGGGCAAAACAUUAAAUUUCGCUGAAAAUCAAAUAGUAAAAUCGGCUCUUUCUACUUUCGUGGUGUGUACUGUACUGGUGUAUCCAUGCAGCUUCGUCCUAGCAAAUCUCAUUUUGUUUUCAUAUUAUUAAACUAUCACUUCAGAAGAAGCAUACAAAGCUGUCACAGUUUAGGCUGGGGCUUGCAACCGUGUUCUGAUUGGUGUAAAUUUUUCUAUGGGUUUGUUAAAUUGUAAUAAAUAUAAGUGGGGUUGCAUAUAAACGAUCGGCCGAGAGCAUGCGAUGUAAAUUAAUACUCUGGCACACUUAUAACUCACCCGGCGCUCACGUAACUUGACGUAUGAUGAGCCGGAUUAAAUCAUAGUGUCCUAUGUCCAGAAACACUAAAAACGCGACAAGUAGUGUCGGUUUUCCAGUGUAUUCUGGUCUAGAAAAAUUCAUGGUGCCGAGUAGUGUGUUAUAAAAGAUUUCCGGCCUUAUUCCUAAAUAGUCUUAUAAUAUGAACUGGGCCCAUGACUCUAUGAUAUUGAAAUCGCAAAAAAUAUUAUCUUCGUAAGAAGCCUUCAUAUAAUUAAUUAUACAGGCAAGUUUGUUAAAGAAUCUAUCAAAAGUUAAUUACGGUUUGAAUGUCAUAGCAAAUAAACGGCUUGAAUACUGGAACAGGUGCUCUCGUUUAUAUAAUCCUUUUGUGAAUAAUAUUUUUUUAUUUUUAAUUAAUAUUGUUGAUUGAGGUCUCAUAUAACAUGAAUUUUCAUAUGAAACAUUUCAAUGCCACCACAGGAAAUCUAUUUUUAUUUUUUUAUUUUUUAUUUUAGAAUAUGUCUAUACCUAAAUAUUUAGUCGAUUUAGAAUAAUGUUAGCAAGUUAAUUGUAUUAUUUAAUAUUAAACACACGAAUUCAUCAAACCAAGUGCUAUUUCGGGCGCAAUAUUUAGCGCAUACUGCCAUAGUGUGCCUGAAAAAUAGUUAAUUAUAAAUAAAUUUGAAGUAUCUAAUAAAAAAAUUGGGUCCGGUCACAAGAUAUACUACUGUUGUAAAGUAUAUCAAUAUAUAUUUUUGUUUGUAAAAUCUUCAAAAUGUGUUUGGUUCAUGUUGUCUUAAUUGUGAAUUAUAAAUAAAUUACUCUUUUACAGCCAA